AUCGGUGGAGGCUCCUUCGUCUACCGUGGAUAAGAUACGAGCAGGUGGCGCCAGCACGGUGCACAAAGCUUCAGACGCUCGCAGCCCUGCGCCUCCUCAUCAAGAGGAGCCCAUCGAGCAGGAGCAGUCGUCUUCCUCUACAAGAAGAACUCAGUACGAAGCCGACCACACCGCCUUCUUGGUAUCUGGGCAACCUUAUUUCACAACCGCGUCUGCACGUAGUUCCGUGGAGGACAACGAUAACGAACAUCAAGCGGAGAGGGAGACCAAAGUGAACAAACGUGGCGCAAAGGGAGGAUCCGGGGCUACAAUCGCUUCCAGCGAGGGACUUUCAGGAAGGUAUGGCUUGGUGCAUCAACUUCUCACUCUACUUUCUGAGGAAUAUUUUCAUCAUGCAUCUACUGUUAUUCGUGAUUGAACUGUUCAGAAAAUCAAAUCUUCAUUUGGUGUUUCGACUCGCGACCAAAAAAAACAAAUAGAGAUUGAAACUUCACCAUCAGUGCGCCAAGUCCAUGGCACAAAACGUUGCUGGGGAGACCGAACGACGGGAAAGGCCGCGCUUCGCUCCGUGCGGUAGACGCGCAGACGAGGAAUCGGAAUCGGUCCAAUGGAUAUAAGUACCGGCCUGGAGUAGAUGCGGCUAGCGCCUUUGCUGCAGUGCACGAGAGCGAAAAGACAGGACCUGCAACAUGCUCAUCUGCAUCAUCUGAAAAUGAACAGAAGAACGAAGAACCGUCAAACACAACAAGUAGGCCAUCAAUCGAAUCGGCGCACGACACUACAAACAAGGGUGGCCGUGGCCGUCAGGCAUCCGCGUCCUCGGUGUCAGGGCAUCAGUCGCCACCUGCCUCCUCGAUCUUCGAGCGUAAUGGCACAGCAGCGAAAAACUGGAAUGCAGGCCGGGGGAAAGGUGUGAGCAGUCGCCACCUAGAGCUAGAAUUGCAGACGGAGGUGCCGCAACAUCUGAAAGAAGUGAAUCGGGUUGAGGGCGGACUCCUGACAGCGAACGAGGAUGGAGCAAGCAGCAUAAUUGCAAAUAAAUGCAGUGCUGGCAGCGCGAGCAGUUGUACAACUAGUAGAAGUGCGGGCCUCGUCCACGAGAAAAAUCACAAAAUGAAGAUGAGCGGCGCGCAACUGGCACAGCACGCAGUUGCACCUGGAGCGGCCGCGUCCUCACGCCACUUCGUCCCAGCUGAUGGCGACAUGAUCAUCGGCGCAGUCGACAAAUCGUCAAGCAAGCAAGCGGACAAAUUCCGUGUCGACCAUCAUUAUCAUCAUCAAAAUCUAUUCGCUGGUCGUCAAAAUGAAGGAACGAAAACCCAAACUACUGUCCGGGAAGAUGAGCAGAAACCUACAGACAGCAAAGAAAACCCCGCCACCUGUGGCCACCUCUCAACAGCAACACAAGAAGGCGAGCAACAUCCGCGUAGGGGGCGGCCCACCGUGGUAACCAACAACUACGGGCAGUCUGGCUUCGCGCCGUCCUCCGGCGAGCUUGAACUUGGCCAUGGCACCAGGUCGUCCGGUACAACUAGUAGCACAUCUUCACUACUUGGUACUGCGCCACCGGUAGAAGUUCAGGAGCACUUCGGCGGUGAGGUGGAGCACCGGGAAAUAAACCGAAGCUACAACCUAGUUGGACCUCCAUUCGCGGGUGCUGGCCGCAAUUCAGCGGCACUCUCCGUAGUUCCACAGCAGAGCAAGCACCCCCACGACCAUCGACACGACCCUAUGGGUCGCGUCGUGUCUUCUUCAAGAGGACCCCCAAGGAGCGCAAUAAUGCACAGCAUCAAGAACUACAGCAAUGAUGUGCAACCACUGAUGGCAGCACCAGUCGUUGUUCUUGAACAAAUACACAACAAGCCGUCCGCCUGCACCGACAACAAACCGAAUAUUUUGAGCCAUAAUAUGUUGGUACAACCCAACAGCUCAUCUUACGGCAAUAGAGCGGACGUCGAUCCGGCUCCUGUGCUCGAAGAUGGGGACGAGACCCCACCUCCGCCGCCAUUUCCUCCGCCGCACGAUGGGAGCGACGAGCUCUGCUCUCAGGACGAUCACGACCAGCAGCCCUUUGGCGGGGUUGAUCAGCAUUCUGUUGUUCUGAGACCGAGUUGUAGACCACCGGCUCCACUGUCGCACCUUCACCAGCACGAGUGGGAACAACAAGUUGGGGCGCCUCGCGCACAGCACCACCACCCUGCUCUCCACUUUGCGCAUCAAAACCAUCAUGCCAUGGCCGCUCACAGCGCCCCGCCGUCGCACCACAUGUAUCCUCAAGCAACGACAGAUGGGUGGGCUCCGAGCAAGCUGGGUUUCUUCACGACCGCCCCACGACAGCACGUCAACCACAUUCACCCGGAACACCACCACCAAGCUACUUACGACCCAAAUCAAUCGAAAAUGGUACAACUUUUUUAUAUGCAUCUAUGACAAAGACAAUGUAGUUUGACGCUUUGUAAUUGUACUUCCUUGUAGUACUCAUGUCUCUGUUUGUUGACUCGUCCGUAGUGCCUGUACUUCUCAUGUCUCUCUUCGCACCAGGCUUCAACCGCGGACCUCGACGUUUAUACCAUGUUUGCGUCACCGCGAGGGCCGUAUGAUCCUGGCCGGCAUCCCAUGCAACAGUUCCACCAUAUGGAACAACAUCCGAGUCACAGUUUGUACACAGCUGGCGUGUACCAACAUCAUGGCGCAAGCGGAUCCUCCGCUUCUGUCCCUCCGCACCAUCACGCGGCGCACCGCCACUUGCACGAACACGGCCUAAAUUCGCUCGCCGCCACGGGCCUGCCAUUGGUUUCGCCUCCGGGUGCGGGGAAUCAAAUCCACCACCUCGCGCCCCC